AUUAAUUCAAUUCCCCAAAAGAUAAAUCUUUAAGCAAAUGAUAAAUUGUCUACUUGUUUAAUAAUUGGCCUUUUUUUUUGUGUGCCUGUUGUGGUGUAUUUGAUGCGGCGCAGUCGCUGACUAAUAACUGUUGGUGUUACUGCUCUCAUUUUUCCCAUUUAUAGAAACCCGUGAUUUUCAAUUGCAGAAAAUUUUCACCAGCCAACAAGCCUAAUUAUAAUUGUUCAAUGGUUUUAACUUUUAAGUUAUGUGCACUGACAAUGUAAAAAUUGUGCUAUCUGUGAAUUUUGACUUGUGAUAGGAUGCUAUUUACCAUAUUUACUUGAUUACUAAUUAAUGUUUAUCAAGAUAUUUGCCCAAUAAUUGACCUGAUAGCAUGAAUUUUGACUGUGAUAGAAGGUUAGUUACCAUCUUGCGCCUAUCUUAACUAAUUCCACAGAAUAUCUACUAGCUACCGCUAGCAACAGAAAAGUUACCAUCUUUACUUGAUUAGCGGUUAAUAUACUUUAUACUAUCGAUGAAUUUUGACAUGUCAUAGGAGCUUAGUUAUCAUCCUUAUCUGAUUUCUAGUUAAAGUUUAUCAAGUGAUUUACAUGUAAUUAUCCAAUAAUUGACUUGAUAGACUGAUGUGUAACAUAUUUAUCCAUCAUUCCAUUCUCUUGGAACAAUGAGCCUAAAUAUCUGAAUUGUUUGCAUUUGAGCGCCUCAACCCCAUCUAACCUCACCUUGAUUUCGCUCUUUUUAUGUUGGCUAAACUUGUAGUGCAUAUAGCAGUCCUACUGUUACUUAUCCUAGGACCCUUACUCGCUAGAGUGCUUCUCCAUGGUUCAAGCUUUGGUUGCAUUAUCGAUGAUUUCGUUACUAAGUACAAUAUCGUCAGCAAGUAACAUACCUCAUGAAACCUCAUUUUGUAUUGUUUUUGUUAUCUCACCUAUCACAAGGGUAAACAAGUACGCGCUCAGUGUCGAUCCCCAGUGUAAACCCAUGGUUAUUGGAUAUUCCUUUGUAUCUUCUACUAGUGUUCUCAUGCUAGUGACGGGACGGCUCCUUCAUACAUGCCCCACAAGAUGAAAUCUUUAAGCAAAUUGUUUAUAUGCAAGUUUUAACUUUGAUACUGUGAUAAAUUUGUCUACUUGUUUAAUAAUUGGCAGUUUUUCCCUUUUUGGUGUAUUUGAGUUGCGAUAGAUAUAUACAAGGCGGUAUAAUUGCAUGAUUCUGAUGGGGCAUCAUGAGACAAAGGCUUCCACUAGUAGGGAUAGGUCUCCGUCACAACAGAGGCACAGGCAUAAACCUAAGGACAUGGAUUUGGAUAGAGAAUUGUCAUCUGAAAGAAGAGAACGAAGGUCAGGAAGAGAUGUAAUUGAGCAUAGGUCUCCUAGGCUGAGACAUGAUUACUCCUAUUCGGCUUCAGAUCAUCAAAGCAUGGAUCAUCACAGAUCCAGUUCAAAUUUUAAUGUUGACACAGAAAGACAAAAUGAGACACAGGCCAAAAGAAGAGGGUUUUUGGAGAUUACAUCUACAAAAAAGAUAACAAGCACUAAGAAGGAAUUGAUGCAUGUUGGAGGUUGCGUUGCCUUGAAAUUUCUACCUUACAAACAAGAGAGUAGAGGGAAUUUGACUAAUGCUGUUUGGUGGGGGUUCUAGAAGAAAGUAAAAACUUGAGAUAUCUAAAAUCUGAGUAAGAUGAGAACGAUGGGGCAAGGAGUAGUAGGCAGCGAUAUACAGCAGCAAAGACAAGCUGGAAAGGUAUGAUUGCCUUAAUCAGUGAUUGAAUAUCCAUCUUCUUUUCCUUCAAUAGGUGAAUAUCCAUCUUUUCUUGAACCUUGUAACCAACAGUGGUUCGCUUCCUUUGUUUGUUCUAAAAAUAAAAUGAAUGUUAGAAUCCCUAGCAUACUCUUCUUUCAACUUUAGUUGAAGAUUCUGUACUUCCAGUUGCAAUUUGCAUAUAUGACCUCUCUCUCACGGGAAAACAUAAUUUAGUUACUAUUCCAUCUUCU